UAACAUCGUGCCGUACAUUCAGAAGUUCAAGCGUAACCCAGUUACCGGCAAGCCUCUGGCUCUCAAGGACCUGAUCAAGCUUCACUUCCACAAGAACGCCGACGGCGAGUACCAUUGCCCAGUUUUGAAGAAGGUGUUUACCGAGUUUACCCACAUCGUGGCUGUUAAGACAACUGGCAACGUGUUCUGCUAUGAG